GAGACAACAUAUGUGUGAAACAGAAAAAAAUAGAAUACAUAAGACUUGUGGUAACUUUGGUGGCAACUGUGAGUGGGGGAACAGGUAGAGGAAGGAGGGAGGGUGCACGAGGUAGGGGGAACCUCGUCAAUGUUUUGCACUGACACGCGCUCCGCGUUCUUCCUCCACUUCCUAACUCUUAAGAGACCCUCACAAACACCAUCAGCAGUUACUACUUGUUAAAGUGCCCAAGAAGUGGAUCCUGACUGAGUGUGAAUGAAGGAAAAGGCAGAAAAUAUGACCGUCCCGGGGAAGUAACAGCUUCGGGGUGUGUGUGACGUUCAGUGAUGUGUUUCUAUAUACAUUUUCCAGUGAGUAAACUAAUUACUGUCUCUGUGGAAUGUGACCCCUAACAAUAUUAUGGUGUGUAGAUAUGCACCAUAUACAUCAGUUAUAUUGUAGUAACAAAACAGUGAAUAGUAACGUGAAGACAGUGGUUAAGUGAUGUGUUUAGUGGAGGCGAGUGGUGAAGUGUCAACCUCUGUGGCCAACGUUUCUGGCACACCCGUCAGCCUACCUUGUGGUGGCGGUGCAAGUUGAACGUUUGAAAGAACAUGACAGGAAGCUCUUUGGAUAACGGCCUCAAUAUCACCCUGACAGAGAGCCCAGAUUUGUGUGUUGGUAUCAGUCAGUUGGUGCGCCCCUUUAAAACCUUCCCGUAUUGACAAUCUUUUGAACAUUUAUUUUAGAUUAUGUAAACAUUUAGACAACGGUAUAGUGGCAGUAUUUUACGAGGAAAAGAACCAAAAAAAAACAGGAAUUAAAUUAUGUAAUGGUGGAGUUCCGUCCUGUCUAAGGGAGUAUUAAGUGGUUGUUAAAAGAAGCGUAACGAGAAUGACAGGAGGAGGAUGAAUAAUAAUUGUUAGGAUGGGAAGAUGGUGUGAAGGACCGGUCUUGAUGAUAGAGAAAAGGGAGGAAGGAAAGAGAGUGCGUGUGUGAAGGAUGAAGCCAAGUGGGACGAGGAGGAAUAAGGAAAGGAGAGGAGAAUGAAGCCGUGUGAACAAAGGAAAAAGAUAAACCUGGUGUAGAAAAAAAAGAAGAAUGAAGCCUUGUAAAGAGAAUAGUGAGUGAAGCCCUUUGGAUAAAGAAGCAAGGUUAAUUGAAUAAAAGUGAAGCCCGUAUAGAAGUGAAGCUCUGAGAUUAAAAAAUGAAGUGUUUUUAAGUUUAGAUUAUUGAACCCUCGUGAAUGGUUUAGUGAUUCAGACAAAUUCAUAAUGGCAGUUUGGUGCUAAUGACGUGAUUCACUAGGAAAUUAAGUAUAAUUUUGUAUUACACAAAUUAAAGGUGAAAAUACAGUGAUGAGGAUAAAAUGGUGCUGGAAGAAUUCUGAAAAAUCUAGAAAUUUGAUGUGAUUUAAAACAACCAUAAAAGUGAACAGUGAAAAAUUGGAUGUUUUGAGUGGAAAGGACAGUUAAACUUGAGUGAGGUAGACGGUAGUGAGUUGACGGACGGAAGCAGCUACACGCCUUACCGCCAGCUGAGCUCAAGCGGCAAACAGCGCCCAUGCUGAGCCACACGCCCAAGCCCCUACACGCCCAUCCCUAGCCAUACGGACAUACUUCAACGGUUCUAUAAGCCACGCCUCUUCUCCACGCCCACACCAAACUCCGGAAGAAGUGAGGUGCGGCGCCCUCCACUACACCAUCACCUGCUCCUCACCUACCGGCCUCUCACUCCUCACCUACUGACUGACUCAUGCCUCAUCAGUCAUUCCCAAUCUUCAGACUCAUUCUGGCUGGACUCUGAUUGUCUUCAAGUCAGCUGAUGGAACCAGUAUGUGCUCACGUCAGCUGACAGGCCUCGGUCGUGUUGACACAGUUGAGUGACCAGCGCCUGCUAACACGGGCCACCCUGGAUAUGUUUGGGAGUCUUCUUUCCGAGUAUCAGAAUGCCGGGUAGCGGGGGACCAGGUCAGUGCGAGGCAGGUGAGAUCAGGUUACACACGAGCGUGGACCAUGGGUUGAGAAUCAGUCACUCGGGGCUGUGGGUCGGAUGUGACGAUGCUAAUGGUCCUGAAGCACACCCGGCGGAGCCCACACCGCCAGAACCAAGCCCGCGGGUACGGACGACGGAGGUACGUGAGCACGGGCAGUUCGUGACGGUGGUGGAGGUGGAGAAGGAUGAUGAUGACGAGUGUGGCCUGACAUGCCAUGCUUCGCGGGCCACGACCCAGCCGGUUCCCCGCCCAGCUCCCCGAGGGUUCGUCACGGUGGUGGCUGUCGGGAGCAACACUGACACUAGUCUACACCUCCACCAGACCGGCAAAGUCGCCAUCGACUCCAAUCUAAAGGUACAGAUGGAGCUCCCCUGCAACAUGGAAGCUGAUUACGUCAACCAAGAGAUGAUUGAUAGAGAGAGGAAGAUGGCAGAAGAGUGGAAGGCCAAGAGUGUGCCUGACCAGGUUGUGGUGUAUCGUCUGCCAGGGGAGCGGCUGGGACUGGGGCUCAAGUUUGACGGCGGUAUGGGGGCCCGCGAGUGUGUGCGGCGGCUCUUCAUACAGAGUGUCGCUGUGGACUCGCCGGCCGCACGCGCUGCUGUCCCGUGGGGUGAGCUGCAGCCCGGGGACCAGAUCCUCAACAUCGAGGGCUGUGCUGUGUCUUCUAUGACGAGAGUGCAGUGCGUUUCCUUCCUCAAGGAUGCUGCUAUGAAAAUUACAAUCGGUGUGCUGAAGGGAAAUGGACAACUCCCAGACAUUGACGCGUGUACCUCAGAGAGUCCUGAAUAUAUAAGAGAGGAAGUUGAAGAAGAGGACGAGGGAGCAGACGACCCUUCACGUCUACCGCCGCUUAUUGUGGGAGAGAUGAGAAAAAGAGUCCCUCCACCUCCACUACCACCAAGGGCGCGACCUAGAAAAUCCCCCGCUCGUCCCCCAAAGGAUCCUGUGCCUAUACCUCCACCCCCAAGUGCUUUCCAGGACCUAGAAAACUCAUCUUUGACGGAAAAGAGUUCUAGUGGCGUCUCCUUGACUUGUGAAAAUUCUGACAGCAAAGAUCAGCCAUCACACGGGUGGCGUGAAUAUGUUUUAGCCCGUCGUAGUCGUCCUGGUGAAUUAGAAGAACUUUUAGAGGACCUUGAGUUCCAUCUUCCAAAGACGUGGACUACGAGGAGGCUGGGGGAGAGUAUGGACGGAGGCCUACCCCCUCGGCCUACCUUCUACUUAGAUCUUGUCGGGGAGGAAGACGCUAUGGGACCGUGUGAAAGUGAGAGUGAUGAAACCAGCAGCUCCGUGUCCACGGUCAUUGAUCGUCUCUCGUUGUCGUCGUCAACUACUGUGUCGAGAAAUUCUUCAUUCAACGCCACAGCCGAUACUUCCAGGUUUGAUUUAGCUCGAGCGCUCAGUCCCUUCGAACAGUUAGAGAAAGAGUUAGAGACAGAGGUGCGACCAGAGGCACAGCAGACGCCCACCACAGCUCCCCGGGACGAGAAAAUGCCGGCACCACCUGUAGACCGCAGCACUAAGCCCGCCACGACGGAGUCUCCUCCUGAGGUUGAAUCUCCCUCUGUCGUCACGCGGAAGACAUCAUCAAAGUUAAAGAUGCGUCCUUCCAUCAAAUCAUUCUCAUUCAGCCUGAAAGGACGUCCAUUUUCGUGGCAGCAGGGAAAAGGCAGUACAGAGCGGGUCGAUCCAGGCACUGGGCGCACUGACACCUUUCUAUCUAUCAAAAAAUCCUGUAAGCGGCCCGCCCCUCCCCCUCCUCCACGCUCCAUCGACUGUGGGACUCGUCACACUGACUCUCCACCCACUGUUGCCUCCAGUGUUAGCACCGACAAGACCACCAAGGAUAAAAGUGCAUUACCAGACACCAGCAACAACACUCAGGGAAAUUCUGACAACUAUAUUGAUCUAAUAGCAGAGGCAGCUAAACAAAACAUAUGUAAUGAAGCGGGGAAAGUGGCCAGUAACUUGUUAAGGAAAGAAACUAUUUCUAAAACAGACCAAAAAGAACCGACUGAUUUCCCUGUUCUGGUACAACCCAAACAACCUAAGAUCUCCCCUGAGUACUUGUUGAUCUUGGACUCGCCGCCUGGCACGGACGUGUUGGACAAAUUCUCAGACAAGAGUUUUUACACCACCGCCGAGGAAGACGCCCAAGCGGAACAAAUACAACGUGAGCAGGAAGAUGAACAAAUUGUUGACAUUGUUGAAGCUUCAGCUGCACAGUUGGCGGUACAGCGCGAGGUUAUUGAACUGUGCGUGAGUGGCCAGGACCCAGACGGUGAGAUUUCUCCUUCAGUGAUAAAAGUAACACCUGACCCUGAAGGCGAUGGUCCCGGUUAUUCAGACACUUACAUCCUGACAACUCGCGCCCAGGUUCACCACGCUCUGGACGACGCAGUAGAGUCAGAGAAGUACCUCAACCAGUUACAGCUUGAUACAGUAGAGUCAGAGAAGUACCUCAACCAGUCACAGCUUGAUACAGUAGAGUCAGAGAAGUACCUCAACCAGUUACAGCUUGAUACAGUAGAGUCAGAGAAGUACCUCAGUCAGUCACAGCUUGAUACAGUAGAGUCAGAGAAGUACCUCAGUCAGUCACAGCUUGAUACAGUAGAGUCAGAGAAGUACCUCAGUCAGUCACAGCUUGAUACAGUAGAGUCAGAGAAGUACCUCAGUCAGUCACAGCUUGAUACAGUAGAGUCAGAGAAGUACCCCAGAGAGUUGCAACACGAUGGCAACUCUCAGACCGUUUCAGGAAAAGACUUGACUGACGACCAGGUGAACACAGAAGGGGUCAGUAAUAUUUUGGUAAUCAGUGAAAAUAACGUUGAAAGAGAAGCUGAAGAGGUCACACGUGACGGUACUGAGGCAGAAGUUGAUGACAGCAGGCAGGCCGAUGACAGCAGGCAGGCCGAUGACAGCGGGCAGGCCGAUGACAGCAGGCAGGUCGAUGACAGCAGGCAGGCCGAUGACAGCAGGCAGGUCGAUGACAGCAGGCAGGCCGAUGACAGCAGGCAGGCCGAUGACAGCACGCAGGCCGAUGACAGCAGGCAGGACGAUGACAGCACGCAGGGCGAUGACAGCACGCAGGCCGAUGACAGCACGCAGGUUGAUGACAGCUUGCGGACUGGUGACAGCACACAGACUGAUGAUAAUGCGUGUGCCAUUGACAGCUUAUGGACCGAUGACAGUACGCGGGCCGAUGCCAGUUUGCAAGCCGAUGACAGUUCACGGACAGAUGAUAGUUCGAGGACCGCUGACAGUUCGCGGACCGACGACAGCUCGCGGACCGAUGACAGCUCGCGGACCGAUGACAGCUCGCGGACCGAUGACAGCUCGCGGACCGAUGACAGCUCACGGACCGACAACAGCUCGCGGACCGAUGACAGUUCUUUGACCGACAACAGCUCGCGGACCGAUGAUAGUUCACGGACCGACAACAGCUCGCGGACCGAUGAUAGUUCACGGACCGACAACAGCUCGCGGACUGAUGACAGCUCGCGAACUGAUGACAGCACUGAGGUGGAGAGCAGUUUAGAAGCUGAUGAGAGUACUCAACAGAAUGUCAGCCUGGAAGACGGUGAUGUUAGCUCAGAAGGUAAUAAAAGUGAAGUGAUAAAUAGUGAAACAGGAGACAAUACCGUGAGGAGAGAGGAGAGUGAAGAAGUAGAUGAAGGCAGUUAUGUGUUAGACGAUAACCAAGACAUUUAUGAGGUAGGAUUCCUCUCUUGUUCCUCACCCAAGACCUCCCCGUCAGAACCGCCAGUAGGGAGACCUCUGCUACCUCCGCUACCUCUCGUCGAUCUCAGUGAGGAGGGUGACCUUGGGCUGUAUGAAGACUUCUAUGGUGAAUGUUGCUACUCCACCGAGGACCGACUUGAUGUAUCCGAAGAGUCGAGUGUUUCCCCGAACUUAGGCUGUGAGGAGAUACGAAUGUUGUCCAUUGUACCUGAAGAGGAGAGUGGCGACCUAGACACCGUUGAUGAUGACUUGGACUAUGUUUAUGAUGAUGUCGCUGACGAAGGUGUGAACGAUGGUGAAGGUUGGGUAGAGAGUGAAGGGAUUGUUGGUGUGGAUGAAGCCACUACUGUUGUUACUGCCAGUGAACCAGAAGUGACUGAGUGUAAAGGAGGCAGAACCAUCACACAAAGUCACAAACACAAACGUCUGAGACACGACAUCGGUGACUUGAUCAGGAGGGAAAUGAAACUGGAUGAUGACGUGACGGUGGAGGUGGAGGAAGAGGAGGAGGUGGAGAACCUGGUGGAGUGUGAGAACGAGAGGGAACUCCUGAUGGUGAUGAGGGCUCUCCGACAGGACCAGGAAGGCGACCACCUCAGGUGGCUACAGGAUGACAGUGACGAGGAUGAGGGGCAAGAUGGCCAUGCUGGUGAGGGUGAUGGUGAGGGAGGCCAUGAGGGUGAGGGAGCACCAGGUGAGGAGGAAGAUGAGGAGAAGAAGGCUGGGGAUCCGCCCGUGGUAAUGGGUGACCCGCCCCCAGCGUCAUCCUCACUAGCUGGGGGUCAGAGUGCUCCAGAGGACACAGGGGUGGCUGAGGCGCGUGCCCUGAGCGACCCCCAGGGAGGGGGUCAUCCCCCCCGCUCCCCACUUACCUCCCUCCAGCACACCGCCGCUGCCCAGAGCCCAGCCUCCACCGCCAGCGCCGCCACCCUCCACAGUCUUACACGGGGCACUAGUCGUCUGCCACACCACGCCGUCCCGCACCACCACCCACACCUUCCCUCUCACCCAAACAGCACUGGGGAGGCCUCAGACGGACAACACCUGAGGGACGGCGUCACGGAGGACCAGGACGAGACGUACCAGUACAUGAUAAGGAGUUCAGUGUUUAGUGAAGGUGCUCGUGUUACUGAGUGUGAUGGUGUGGUGCCCCUGACUCAUCCCCAGGCGGGUGCCACAGUCAUGGUGGCGCGGACUGAGACUAACAAGGCAGGGAAGGUCACGUCCUGCCCUGACGAUCUGCAGUCUCUCUCCUUACUGACGGUGCAGGUCAAGCAGGACUUGGCAGAUCCUGUCAGUGCCACGCCGGCCCCGCUCACCCUGACUACACAGGAUGCUGACGGUGGUGCCAUCCCGGCCACUGGCACCUGUGAUACCGGUAGCGACGGCCCGCCCACACCCUCCACCUUCUGUAGUGACGGGGAGGAGCAGGAGGUUGAGGUGGGCGGGGAGAGGAGGAGCAGCGAGGACACCCCAGAACCUCCAGACUUCUCUACCCACCCCAUGUGUACAGAACCAGAAGCUGUUGUUUACCAGCCGAGGUUACAGGAGCCUCCGACAGAUGGCAGCUUGAGGGCCGAACCAAUCAGCGUCGUCCUUCAACAUCCUCCCAGCCAAUCAACGAGCGAGAAUGACGCGGCACUCGCCCAAGCAGAUCUUCACAUUGAUCUAGGGACUGGAGGCUCCUUCUUGACCUCCACGGAUUAUCAGGGACUGGAGGCUCCUUCUCGACCUCCACGAAUUAUCAGGGACUGGAGGCUCCUUCUUGAUACGAAUUAUCAGGGACUGGGUUUCCUUCUUGACCUCCACGGAUUAUCAGGGACUGGAGGUUCCUUCUUGACCUCCACGAAUUGCUCAGUGACUGGAGGCUCCUUCUUGACCUCCACGGAUUAUCGGGGACUGGAGGCUCCUUCUUGA